CGAACUGCGGCCGGACGCGAGGGCCACGUCCGGCAUAAGAAAGAAGAAGAAAAAAUAGAGAAACUUAGACCCCCCCUCCCCAUAUUUAAAAGUGAACGCCAUUUCCAAUUCGCUGGUUCGCUACAGUGGACUCAGACGUCACGCGGUGGGUUCCUGGCGGUGGUUGCAGGCUUUGAGACGAAACGGUUCCAACAAGAUGUGGCGGCAAGCGUUCCUGGUUCUAUGCGCUGCGCAGCUGCUGAUCGCAGGGGCCGAUGACGAUGACAAGAAACCUGUGGUGUGCUACUACUACGGCGAGGCGAUGUCGCGGCCGAGCCCGAUGAACUACCGCAUUUCGGACAUCCCGGGACACCUGUGCAACUACGUGACCCUGGCCUUCGUCACCAUCAACUCCGAGACGUUUGAGAUGGAGUCCAGCAUGUCCUCCUACCUCAACAACACUGGCCUGUACCAGGAGUUCACGUCGAUAAAGAAGAAGUACUCGCAUGUAAAGACGCUCAUUUCUGUCGGAGGCUGGGAGUACGGACACAGCGUGUUCUCACGCAUGGUCAGCCACACUGUAAGCAGGCGGAAGUUCGUGAAGAGCGCGGUGCGCUGGAUGCGUCAAUACGGCUUCGACGGCCUGGAUAUAUCCUGGCAGUAUCCGGGUACGAUGGUGCGCGGAGGCACCCACGGUGACAAAGAAAACUUUGUCCUCGUCAUGAAGGAGCUCAGGUCUGAAUUCGAGAAGUACGACUUCAUGCUCUCAACGACUAUUCCAGUUGACUCAAUGCUCCUCAAGAGUGGUUACAACGUGGCGGCUCUCUCGAGGUACGUCGACUGGUUCAACGUGUUCACGCACGACCUUCGUGGCACCUGGACGGGCUACACGGACGUACACAGCCCACUCAGGAGGCGCUGUUUUGACAGGGGACCAUAUGCAUCUCUCAACGCGGAGGACGGCCUGAACCGGCUGGUGAAGCUGGGCGCGCCCAAGAAGAAGCUGAUGCUGGGCAUCCCCUUUUACGGGCGCAGCUACACGCUACAAGACCCACGCCGACACGCGCUCGCCGCGCCCACGCGCCGAGACGUACCCGCCGUACCGGGGCCGUACGUCAUGUCGGACGAGAUACUCGCCUACUACGAGGUUUGCAUGGACAUCACCAUGCUCUCCUGGAAACGGGAAUACGACGAGGUUGGACAGUGUCCCUACGCCUAUCGCGGUGACCAGUGGGUUGGAUACGAAGACGAGGAGAGUGUCUCUGCAAAGGUGGACUUCGUGCUCGAACAGGACUACGGAGGCGUGAUGGUGUUCAACAUCGACAUGGAUGACUUCAAUGGUGUUUGUGGUGUGAAGAACCCGCUGCUUAACUCUGUGUGUCGAAAGUUCAACGAAGGACGCCUGAUCGACCCGCGCAUAGGUUAACGUCCGAGGCUGCCUGAGCGUGACACGUGUAUUUUGUGACUGUGGGGCGACUCCGUUUUAUCUAGUGACGGAGUGCGUGCUCGAGCAAGUCUUCUUUGCCUUUCUGGACAACACACCGGGGCUUGCCGACGCACUGUGAUGUAUGGAAUGUCUAGUUGUUGUCGCUUGUGUCAUACAGACCCCUCUACGUAGACCUCCGGGGUGCACCAUCGCAUCGAAACUUCCUAACUGUACUGCCCAGCGCACGACGCUGUGGCGUGGUCAUACGUAAGAGUUGAGAAAAUCUACAGACAGCUUUGGCUGCCCCAAAUGAAUCGAAGAUGCAAUGGUCUGUACGAACAAAUGUAAAUAUUAGUCGUGAAGCGAGCCGUGUUUGUUCACUGUGAGCACUAUGAUACACCACAUUGUUCCUAAUUCAUUACCAACAAUAAAUCGUCUGAGACGUGUAAAA